AUGAAGACAAAUUCCAUGCUUUUAAUCGUCUGCAUCAGCUUAUUCGCUCUCCUGAAGGAAAUUAGAGCAGGUGGAGGUACAGGCGGAACUGAACCAGUCGAUCCACUUGGGCAGGGAAAUGACGAUUAUUUUGAUAACUCAUAUGAAUCAAGUCCUCAAAGAGACGCAGUAAUGAGGCGAAGAAUCUAUGUGCUCAUAGAGAGAAUGUUGAAAUUAUUGUGUUAUAUGAGCAACUUACUGAAUUUUGUACAGAAUAUCUGA